CUUGCGCACACAUCCUCUUCGCUCGACGAUUUUGAUCAGACAGCAUCAACAGAAAAAUCACCUCCAAGUUGCAACCCAUUACGUGGAUUACUAUAUUGUACAGGUAUCGUUCCACCGGUCAUCGAAACAUGCUCCGUGCAAAAAGGACUACAAAGUCUCCAUAUGCCAGGCCCGGCCGAGCUCCAGCUGCCACCAAAAAGGCCAAAGCAUCCAGGCCUCCAAGCACCGUGACUCAACCGAACCAGGUCACCACUGCUACAAGCACCGUGACUCAACCGAACCAGGUCACUCCUGACGCCAUACCUCUAGCCUUAUCAAACCAGCCUACAACUUCCUCAGGAAUAGACAUCCCUGACCCCUUAGAGUUUGAGGCAUCGCCAACAAUGCUUUCUACAGUGGCAAAAGUUCAGGAAGCUGGCCCCCCAUGCAGACUAUUAUCCCUGCCAAGUUCCUCUGGAAUUCUGGAACCAUUUGAGCAGGAAGUAGAACAACUACUCUCAGCAUCAGUCUCUCAUAACACUCAAGAAAUAUACCAGAAAGGUCUUGACUCAUUUGCACAAUUUAGAAAAAAAUUUAACUUAACAGAAGUAUGGCCCCCUCCCAUAGACCAAUUAAUUAACUAUAUUGCUUACCUAUCCUCAAAGGGGACAACAUACUCUACAGCCAAAACCUACCUAGCUGGCUUAAGCUUCAACAUAAAACUUGGUAAUUUCCCAGACCCAUGCCAAUUUUUCAUAGUUAAGAAAAUGCUAAAUGGCUUUAAACAACUAAAACAUAGAAAAGAUUCAAGAAGCCCGAUAACAUUUCCCCUAUUAGUCAAGUUAAUAGACUCGCUGCAACAUGUGUGUCGCAAUUAUUAUGAAAAAUUACUGUUCUCCUCAGCAUAUGGGCUCGCAUUCUUUGCUUUACUUCGAGUUGGUGAAAUAACCACCACUAGGGCAAAUACCCACAGUUCCCCAUUAUCAAUAGAAAAUGUAUCAAUAUCCCAAUCAUCCAUUCAGAUCACUUUAGGGAAAACUAAAACAGAUCAGCAUGGCAAGGGCACAACAAUGCACAUUAACAGUACAAAGCACAAUCAAGUCCUAUUCCACAACCUGCUAGAGUACGCGACCCAUAGACCAUCACAAACUCAAACAUCACAGUUUCUGUGCCACAUGGAUGGCUCACCCUUGACUUACUAUCAAUUCAAUCAAAUACUAAAGAAAGCUCUAUCAUUCCUCAAACUUGAUAUAUCAACAUUCAAAUCCCAUUCAUUUCGCAUAGGGGCUGCAACUUCAUUGUAUAUGCAAGGUACUCCAGAGCAAGAAAUCAAAACCAUGGGUAGAUGGAAAUCCAACGCUUUUAAGUCAUAUGUUCGCCCUAAUACUGUAGUCUUGUAGAUAGUCAGUCUUACUAACUGUAAGCUAAGUUUGCAGGAACUCGCUGCAAAGUAUGGAUUGUUGGAUCUUCCAUCAUCAGACGAGCUGAAGAUUACUGCACACGUUCACCAAUUGGCCAAAACUUGUCUCUGGAGCACUUAAACAUAGAUGUAACCUGGUCCGGAUCUGGGGGACUAAAAUGGGAGCAACUUGAUCAACACAUUGCUAGUUUGUUAAAUCGCCAUAAUGAAAUCAUUCCUCAAGUUCUAAUAGUUCACUGCGGUGGCAACAGUAUUGGCAUUCAGUCCCUUAAAAAAUUACAAAUAGCCAUGAAAUCAUUAUUAGCCUCCAUUCAUAGAAAAUUACCAAACACUCUUCUUGUAUGGUCAAACAUACUUCCUCGCAAAUACUGGCGUUACAUGAUUUCGAGCGAAGCUGCAGAGAAAUCUAGAAAAAGAAUCAAUAAUUCCAUUGGUUGCUUUGUUGUGCAAAAGUUAAAUGGGGCCCUCAUUCGUUACCCAGAUAUUAGAAUUGAUCAGCCCAAAUUAUUCCUCGAUUGUGUUCAUUUAUCAGAUCUUGGAAAUUCUAUUUUUACAACUACAAUUCAAACGGCAUUGUCCAAGUUUCUGACUUCCAGUCAAAAGGUUUUCCCCACACUCCCAUAAAACACAGUAUCUGUGCAUGGCUUGUAAAAGAAACACCUUCACACCAUCCCAUAUUCAUGAUAGUAGUCGCAAUUGCACUGAGUUGCAUUGCAUCCUUCCCUCUCCCCCCCCCCCCAGUUAUGCUGAUUGAUGCUUUGAUAUGUUGUGUUAUAUUGCUUUGCCACAUUAUUCAUUGAUGAUACCCUGCAUAUUGUUUUUGUAUUGCUUUGAGAAUCAUUGCGUUGCAUAAGACAUGAUGUCUUGUUUGCCAAAUUGUCCGCCACUUGUUGGCGGAUGGAUUGCUGUCUCGAAAUUCGCGCACAGCAAUCCACUUGGCAGAAUUUUGCAACAAGCCAUCGCUGGCAACUUCUGUUUACCCUCCAGGGUUGUCAGCACCAUAUGGCUCCGUUUCUGCAAACCGUAGGCGCCAAAUGCCAGAUUGAGGAUCGGCGCUUACUCAUUGACACUUGCAAUAAUACUUGAUCAUUGUCCAUUGUUUGAUACCAUUGAUUUAUUAUGUAAUAACCUAUCUUAAACAAAAUAAAGCCAUGACAGAUACUGCCAUUCUGAAUUGCUUAUUCUUUCGAGAUAAUUGCAUUUACCGCCAUGUGCGGUAAAUGCCAGUUAUCGAAGAAGAAUAGCCUAAGCGCGAUAACUCCCCUGACCUCAACCAAAUUUCCAAAAUAGCCCCAAGCCUUAAAUGCGCUUGCGCACACAUCCUCUUCGCUCGACGAUUUUGAUCACCCACCCGCCCCCACCAUUUUAUGUAGAUUAAUAUUCCUCAUCUAAUCCACACAGUUUUUUCCUUUACACCGAUCAUCCAUAAAACUUGCUUACAUAUACCAGUCAUCCAUAAAAACUGCUUACAUAUAUACAUCACCCUAUUCAGUUACGUACGCGGAUAUGCAUAGAUAUAGUAUUUUUAUCAUAGGUAUGUUAGGGCAUAAAUAUUGUGCAUUCAAUUAUUAUUAGUUUUCUCCUGUGUUUCUGCUGUUAUCAUUUCCGAUUCCAGCGCAACAUCGUCCCUCGUCAUGGCUUUAGAGAUCCUUCCAGGCUGCAAUCCAUGCCGACGAACUACAGAAUUUUGCAACAAGCCAUCGCUGGCAACUUCUGUUUACCCUCCAGGGUUGUCAGCACCAUAUGGCUCCGUUUCUGCAAACCGUAGGCGCCAAAUGCCAGAUUGAGGAUCGGCGCUUACUCAUUGACACUUGCAAUAAUACUUGAUCAUUGUCCAUUGUUUGAUACCAUUGAUUUAUUAUGUAAUAACCUAUCUUAAACAAAAUAAAGCCAUGACAGAUACUGCCA